CCGACAGCUCGGACAGCAGGAGCGGCGGACAGAGCGGUCACUCUGUUACUUCCUCCCGCUCAGCUCAGCUGUGUGUCUCUGAGACCCGGAGCAGCCUGGUUUUCGGUCUUAAGCGGAGUUCCGUAACUGAAGCGGUCAGUUCUUGAGGAGCUGCUGCAGCAGGAAAAUGGAGGAUGAGGAUGAUGAAGGCAGGAAGAUGGAGGAUGAGGAUGAUGAAGGCAGGAAGAUGGAGGACAAAAAUGAAGGCCGAUGCACUCGGAGAGGCUUCCACAAAGCGACUCGCUCCAAAGAGCCGCACAGCAAAGACGCCCAGAGCGACCGAUACGACACCAACUGUAAAGGAAACACAGAGCUGGAACAUGUUCUUCAGAAAAAGCUGCUGCUGAGGAGAAAAGCUGAGAUUCUGAAGGCAGAGCUGAUGCAUCACUUAGAUUCUCAGAUGGAGGAGUUCGUGGACAGCGUGAUGGAGGAAACCUCCAGUUUGGGCUCUUCUGCCUUAAACUCUCACUUCUCUCCGUUUCUCACAGACAAAGAGAGAGCCAAACUCAGACAUGCGAGACCUUCCCAAGGCCAGUGUAAGCAGUUCGUCAUUCGCCGAUCCUUACUGGAUGAGCUGUUUGAAGUGAAUCAUAUUCGUACCAUUUACCACAUGUUCAUCGCACUGCUGAUCCUCUUCAUCCUCAGCACGCUGGUGGUGGACUUCAUCGAUGAGGGACGGCUGGUGUUAGAUUUUGACCUGCUGGUCUACGCGUUUGGACAGUUCCCCCUGGUGGUGGUCACGUGGAUCUGCAUGUUUAUAUCAGCGCUGGUUGUUCCGUAUGUGCUGCUGCACUUGUGGGCCGUCGUGUACCCAACGUCACGCCACCGUUUGCUGUUUACUGCCCUGGUGGGCGUCCUGCUCCUGCUGUACCAGGGCCUGGGGCUCGGCUUCCUGCCCACCUACAUCGUCCUGAGGAACGGCCUCCCGCCCGCCUCGUGCUUCAUCCUCAUCCUGGAACAGGUGCGUCUGGUGAUGAAGGUUCACUCCUUCAUCAGAGAAAAUGUGCCAAAAUUCUGGUCUUCAGGGAGAGACGGAACCAAUUCGGUGGCCAUUCCUCAGCUGACCCCUUACCUCUACUUCCUCUUCGCACCCACUCUGAUCUACAGAGACAGCUACCCAAGAAACCCAUGUGUUCGCUGGAGUUACGUAGCCACCAAGUUGUUACAGGUUCUCGGGUGUCUGUUUUAUGCGUACUACGUGUUUGUGCGGCUGUGCAUCCCUCAGUUCCGCAGCCUGCAGCUGUUCGACCUCAGGGUCAUGGUGCUCUGCGUCUUCAACUCCAUCCUGCCAGGAGUGCUGGUCCUCUUCCUGGGUUUCUUUGCCUUUCUGCACUGUUGGCUCAACGCCUUCGCUGAAAUGUUACGCUUUGGAGACAGAAUGUUUUAUAAGGACUGGUGGAAUUCUACAUCCUUUGCCAACUAUUACCGCACUUGGAACGUCGUUGUCCACGACUGGCUGUAUUACUAUAUCUAUCGGGACUUUCUCUGGAUGUCCCAGAAGCGUUUCCGAGCUGCUGCCAUGUUUAUCGUGUUUACUGUGUCUGCUGUAGUUCACGAGUACGUCCUGGCCAUCUGCUUCGGCUUCUUUUACCCCGUCCUCUUCUGCCUCUUCAUGUGCUUCGGAAUGCUGUUUAACUUCAUCCUGCAUGACCGGAGGAAGGGUCCAGUGUGGAACGUGAUCAUGUGGACGGCUCUGUUUCUGGGUCAGGGGGUUCUGAUCUGCCUUUACUCUCAGGAAUGGUACGCUCAGAGAUACUGCCCCCUACAGGAGCCUUCUUUCCUAGAGCUGCUGAAGCCGCGCUCCUGGACCUGUUAUUUACGAGCCGGGCACGCCGCAGAGUCCGUCUGACCAGCACCGCGUCGCUGGCCGAGCUUCUUUUCCUGCUCUUACUCUUUUAACAUUUUUCUUGCACUAUGGUCAUGUGACAAUCUCAGAUAUUUUGAUGUAUGAACUAAGAAGUUUUAUAUAUUAAGGCCUUAAACAGAGGCAUUAUUUAUGGGUUUUAAAGAAAUCGGUUAAAGACGCUCGGAGUGACUGAGCGUUUUAGAAGCCUGCACUAUUUUAGCAGUAAUUUCAGGAAGGUGAAGUCAUAAAGGAGCAGCUCAACUCAGCAUACAGGUGUGUAUUUAGU